AUGGCGUCACUUGUCUUUUGUUGUGCAGACAUCAAGCCUUACCGGCCCCAGUAUCUCUCUCACGAGAGCAAAUUCACGUCCUUCCUGUCGUGGGCUGCCUUUCCAAGAGAAUCCGCCCUCAGCACUAACAAAGACGAACCUGACGUCGUUGAUCUUGCACCAUUUGCCGUCCAGCUUGUCCGGCAGAAGAACUAUGGCAGCCUGGAGUCAAAGAAGUAUUUUGUUCCUGCCAAGAACAGUAGCAACGAUUUUAUUGAGGUAGCAGAGGACGACCUGAUUCGAGCCAACUUUGAGAAACUGAAUUCGUAUAAGAACUACAAGUGUAAAACACAUGACAAGUUUUUCGAGGUCAACAUUUACCAAAAGGACCCGGUCAACAUACAUCACUGGCGGGCGACGUUGGCAAGACCUGCUCGUGAUAUUGACCUGGGUGAGCGACCGAAACGUCCUCAAACAGACGAUCCGUCUAACUUGAGGUUGCUUACGACUCCGGUAGCUGCUAAAGGCAGCGCUAUUGGCAACAACGAGGGGACUGGUAAAAUUGAGACCUUGGGAGGAACAGAUGCGUUUACGCCUCCCGCCGAAAUCUUGCACUUACACCAAGUACUGAGGGUAAUCUUUAACCUCAAUACCCAUACCCCUGGGAAAGGCAAACUUCUGAGUCUACUUGCCUUUAACGAUUUGAAAUCAGGGCUUGCGUCCAUCGGGAAAGAUCUCAAUCUGGAUCUUAACCCGACAUGGUCACAAAACCUGAAUGCAGCGGAAAUCACGGAACUCACCAUGAACUGCGGCGAAGAUACCUUGCUGAAAGCUUCUCAUGCGCAGCGACAAGCUAUUCAAGCGAAUUUGACGACUGCCUUUCAAGAUGCUCUACGGUCAAACGUUGGCAGCAAUGGCAAUCGUGACCAGCUAAUUCAGAUCCUUCGGGAGACUUCGCGAAGCAACGGUAUUGGUGAUGACUGUAAAUGCAUGAUCCGCUCUGCUCUUGGCGUCGUUGCAGGCGAUGAAGGAAACUCGGCAUCGAACCAGGAUGACAAUGGCCAAGAAGAGCACACGGCGUCUCGUAUGUCAGAGCAAGAAUGCCGAGAGGAGGAAGAAGACAUUCUGUCGAGGUGGCGGGCUUUCGAUUUGGAUUGCGACAGGUACGACUAUGAGCUAGAAGAGCGUGACUACACAGCCUGCGAUAAAGAGUGUGGUUAUUGUGGUAAAUGUGAUUACUAG